AAAAUUUCUGUCUCUCUCUGUGCCUUUCUCAACUGGAGAAGAUUUCUGUUCUGUGUGUUAUCUGAUCACAUUGCCUUCCUAAGGAUCGAAGUUACAUCUUCAUCAUAAAUGGCUAACAGAGCUCAAAUCCCAACUAGCAACUCUGCACUUAUUGCAAUGAUUGCAGAUGAGGACUCAGUAGUUGGAUUUUUGCUUGCUGGAGUUGGUAAUGUUGACCUGAGACGGAAGUCAAAUUACCUCCUUGUGGACUCAAAAACAACUGUGAAACAAAUUGAAGAUGCAUUUAAGGAUUUCACAACAAGGGAGGAUAUUGCUAUAGUGCUGAUUAGUCAAUAUGUCGCAAAUAUGAUAAGGUUUUUGGUAGAUAGCUAUAACAAGCCAGUUCCAGCAAUUCUGGAAAUACCUUCAAAGGACCAUCCUUAUGAUCCUGCACAAGAUUCAGUUCUUUCGCGAGUGAAACACCUCUACUCAGCUGAGUCAGUAGCAUCUGGAAGGCGCUAAGCACAUACACUGGGUUGAUACGUAUGUGUAUGCCAAGUAUUAUCCACCUCUCAACCCUGUAUUGUGGAUUAAAUCUUAUUUAUUUAUACCUUUUAAAAUUGCUUCUGUUCUAGUUCUAUCUCUUUAGUCCAUUUUUUACUGCAAUUUGGAAGUAUCUUUUGGGCAAUACACUUAAUUUGAAUACAUGAUACUACAAAGUGAAUUGCAAUAGCUUUGAUUUUACUGAAAAGUCAUUCAUGUUUGUGAUA